CAACCUUCGCUUUAGAGGAAGAGAAGUGGCGCUGCGAGAGAAGAGAAAGCAGAGUUAUCAAAACCCACACAGUCUUCAUGUCCUGUGUCAGUGUUCGAUGAAAGGUGAUGGUUCUGACCGAAUCAUCUUCAGCUGGGGUGGAUGGACUAACUGCUGGAUGAUAACACGAACACGGUCUGUUGUGAGCUGCUGGUUCAUCAGUAGAGGACUAGAUGGAGGAGGCAGCAGAGACUGCACAGCUGAGGCAACCAAAGGUUCAGGAUGGUAGUACCCCAGUCCGGCACUCAGAAACCAAGCGUUACAGUGAGAUAUUACGCGAUUUUGACGCUAACUUGGAUCUUUCAUUAACAUGCUCGACUGUGGAUGAGCUACUACUAGAAGCAGACUCACUGUCUUUAACAGACACUUCAGCAGACACCACACUGAACGCUGAUCUGGAUGAUAUUACAGGUGAAGAUGUGGAGUCGUUGAAGAGCUGCCGUGAGGAGGAGGAAAAAGACGGAGCUGUAACCGCCCAGGAUGCCGACCUGGCCCUGUGUCGCUGCGAGGGUGGCGUGGAGCUCGCCCUGCAGUACGCCAAAAUGUGGUGCCGUUAUGCCAAAGACCUGCUGACCUGGAUGGACAAAAGAAUCAGCCUGGAGCAAGAGUUUGCAAAGAGUAUUAUGAGAGCAGCAGAUGCAGCCAAGUCAUGUGUUGCUCAACAGGACAUGAUGCCUCUACAGAACAUCUACACACAGGCGCUGGACCAUGAUAUCAAAAGCAGCACAUCAGCCAAACAAACUGCUGAACUCAUUCAACAGCGCUGCUACCAGGCUCUCUCGGCCAAGAGGAACGAAAUCGACAAGUGGCGACGGGAAUUCAAAGAGCAGUGGUCUAAAGAGCAGAAGAGGAUGAACGAUGCAGUGUCUGCGCUGAAGAGAGCAAGACAGCAAUACCUGCAGCGCUGUGAGGAGCUGGAGAAGGCCAAAGCCAUGACGGCCAAAGCUGAAGAGGACACGGGGGGUUACAAAACCCUGGACAAGAGGAGGAAGUCCAGAGAUGACGCCCAAACGAAGGUUACAGAGACUGAGAUGUUGUACAGGCAGUGUGUGUGUGAAGCGAACAACCAUCAGAAAGAGCUGGAGAAGGUGAAGCGCACGAUCAUUGUCCACAUUCGCAAGCUCAUCUGUCAAGGAGACACUGUGCUAAAAGAGGCAACGGUGAACAUGUUUUAUUACCAACGGCAGCAGACUGAGCAGGUUCCUCUGGGCUACCAGAACUUAGAGCUGACCUGCAGGCCCUGUGAUCCAGGAGAACCCUACCUGCACUACAUCCUGGGAAAGCACCUGCCUGAAACACCUCUCCAGAACUUCACAUUUCAGGAAUUCAUGCCCCAAAACAAGAGAUCCCCACCAGCAGGUCGACGUAAACAAAGCACCGCUCCAAGUUACCAACUAGAUUCAUAUGCGCUGCCAGAGGAACUGAAACACAGCAGCAGUUUAGUAGAAGGACGACGUCCCGGUCACAGCGACAGAGACAGCACCGGAGGAAGUCUUGAAUCACUGUCCAGUCCAGCUUAUGGGAACCGUAAGCUGCCCAAGGCCUCCUCCACGGGAACCAUGUCUUCAGAUGAUCUUGAUGAGAAAGACGCUCUGCAAGAAGCAGAGAGCGAAGAGGGUUUGUCUGACAGCAACGGAAUGACAUGCAAACCACGAAAUGCAUCACGCGCUGCACUGACCCACAGACUGAAAAAAAUGAAGAGCAAGAUGGUCAAGUGUAAGCAAUGUGACAAUUACAUCCUGGUCAACGGGAUCGAGUGCGAAGAGUGUGGCCUCGCAGUCCACAGGAAGUGCCUGGAGGUGUGCCAGAUGGAGUGUGAGCACAGGAGAGGCUUUAUCUUUGGGAUGGAAUUCUCCAUGCUGCCCAGAGAGAGCCAAGACUCGGUGCCCUUCGUUGUCCUGCGCUGCACAGAAGAGAUUGAGAGCAGGGCUCUCGGAGUUCAGGGAGUUUACAGAAUCAGUGGAUCCAAACCUCGCAUUCUGAAGUUAUGUCAGGCUUUCGAAAUCCAGAAAGACCAAGUUGACCUUGCUGACCUCUCUCCACAUGACAUCACCUCCGUACUGAAGCAUUUCUUCAAAGAGCUUCCAGAGCCGUUACUCACCUUUGACCUUUACAACGAAUUCAUCAAUGUGGGUAAGGAGAUUCAGAGGCUUAGUGAAAAGGACCAUGCAGCCGAGUCUGCUGGGAUUGCGAUGAUUAUUGUGGUCAGACUCCGAGAGCUCAUCGGACGAUUGCCUCUGUGUAACUACAACACAGUGCAGCACAUGAUGGCCCACUUGAACAGGAUUGCAGAACAUUACGAGGACAACAAGAUGUCUCCAGGAAACCUGGGCAUUGUGUUUGGCCCCACUCUCCUGCGGCCCCUGGUGUCAGGAGACGUGUCGAUGAUCGCUCUGCUGGAAACCAGCUAUCAGGCCCUUCUCGUGGAGUUCAUGAUCUCACACUAUGACCACGUCUUCGGUCCCGCAACGAGAUCCAGCUCACCUCCUCCACCGCCUCCCACAGCACCCCUCCCAGACACCCCUCCCAGAGCCUCAUGUCCCCUGUCUCCUGCCAGCAGUUCCUCUCAGGACCCCGAAGCCGCGGGUAGGGAACGUCCACGCUCUCUGGAGAAUCGCACAAUCAAGAGAGAAUCAAGUGAGGGUUAUAUUUCUGACAAGUCGUCAUCCAAUGAAGCAAUGGACCAGCUGAGCCCAGAAGCCAUUGAGAGAGCAGGCCUGGCUAUGAGGGCGACAGCAUCUCCUCAGGUGCAUUUGGAGCAAGCUGCAGAAAGUCAUUUACAAACUCAGUCCAGGGCUCACUUCAGCAGGCAGCCAGUGAAGUACUACAGGCAGGGUUCGGCAGGAGCGCAAUUACGCAAAGCAGGCUCUCACUCUUGGGACGAGGACAGUUCUGGGAGCAGGGAAGGACUUGUGUCAAGGAGCCCAGACAGCAGUCGCAGCUGCUCUCCUGAGCCCCAGACCCCAAUAGAAACUCACUGCCGAUUACACGAGACCCCCGUCCCGCAGAAUAAGACUGCAUACACCCCUGAGAGUCAGACUGCACCUCAUGCAGGGGUAAAAAGGACUGUAUCGGAGGAGGGGGUUAAAGCUGUAGCUUCUUCAGUUAAACAACAUGUGGGACAAAUGGGAAAACAAAAUACCAACCAAUCAAACAACACCCUGGGGGGGAGAGAGCGCCUGAUCCGAUCCUUGAGGAGGCGUCCCACGGAGGAGAAAAUGGCCCAAAAGGUUCUGUCCGGACUGAAGCUUAAACGCAGUGAUUCAGGGAAGGGCGAGCAGCUCCAUUUUGUUUGAAAGUGACUGAAAAAAAUCUGGGGUUCCUUAAAUUCACUGGAAUACAUCCCAUUUCGGGCUGUAGAGUAUUUUUAGUACAAGUGUCCAUUUUUAGUUUUCCUGCUUUGUGGCACAUGACAUACGGUGCAGUUAAAUCAUGGUACAGAUGGUAGUUCCCUUUCUCACUGGAUAUUUGGCACAGAUUUACCAGUGUUUAUCUGAGAUGCAUAGACUGCCUGUCUUGUAUAGAUGUUUGAUGCUGAAUCACGAGUCCUUUGGGGAUGAAUAUGCAAUAUAUGGAAACAAACAAACAAAAA